GAAGAGCUUCGCAAGGCCGCGGAAGCAGAAGCAGCAGAAAAGGAAAGGCGGCUGCAGGAAGAGCUUCGCAAGGCCGCGGAAGCAGAAGCAGCAGAAGAGGAAAGGCGGCUGCAGGAAGAGCUUCGCAAGGCCGCGGAAGCAGAAGCAGCAGAAAAGGAAAGGCGGCUGCAGGAAGAGCAUCGCAAGGCCGCGGAAGCAGAAGCAGCAGAAAAGGAAAGGCGGCUGCAGGAAGAGCAUCGCAAGGCCUCGGAAGCAGAAGCAGCAGAAAAGCAAAGGCGGCUUCAGGAAGAGCUCCGCAAGGGGGUGGAGGCAGAAGCGGCGCUGAAGGAGCAGCGGCUUCAGGAAGAGCGCCGCAAGGCCGCAGAAGCAGAAGUAGCAGAGAAAGAAAGGCGGCUUCAGGAAGAGCUUCGCAAGGCCGCGGAAGCAGAAGCAGCAGAGAAAGAAAGGCGGCUUCAGGCCCAAGAGGAGCAAGAGAUGAUGGUGCAGCAAGCGAACGCAAGCAAGCAGAAGGCCAAUACUGAAACUUCAGCUGCAGUGCUUUCGGGUCACCAGGUGGAUUGGGACUGCCUGGAGAUCGAUGAAGCCCUCUCUGCAGAGGACCGGCUCCCGAUGGCAACACCCACUCCUCCUACGCCGCAGUCGACCAAGACGCCGUCGCUUCCAGCGGCACAACCUUCACCGCCUUCCGAU